AUGGGCGCUGCGCAGGCCUGCUGCCAAGGCGGGUCGCAGAGGCUGGUCUUGCAGAGCACGUCCCUCCUUUACCUCGACAGGGAUGUUGAGAACGAUCGGGGAUCUGCGAAAGCUAGAAGCAGAGACAGCAGCACACCUCGGAUUGUCUCCGGAAAGCUGCGCGGAGUGCCUAUUCUGAGAGUACCUUCUUCAGCCUACCCUUGGACCGCCAGCAGCAUCGAGAGGAGCGAGGUGGAUGAGUUCAAGCACAUGCUGGGUAGUCAUGGCAUAGACACGACAUGCUGGGGCAGCCAGGGCGCGAAGGCUGUCGAGCAGUUGUUCUGGGAGAUAUUUUACCAGCAUGGUAGUAUACUGACUGGAAUUGGGACGGGGAAGCUAAAGCGAGUCACGCGAAUCUUAAAGUUGCGCAUUCUUGCCGAGAUCAAUGGCAUUGACCAUGUCAUGGUGUCGCGACUGCAGUUCAUGCACGAUGGCCAGCAAAUCCAGCGCCAGCAGCUUCCUCUGCGAAGGUUGUGCUGGAAGAUGCCUUCCGACAACGCCUUGCUGCAAUCCUGUGAAAUCAACCUCUGUGAUGAGAACAAUGAGUAUGCGGAAUCGUGGAGAAGCUGCUGGCCAUCUGUCCUGGAAGAUAGACUCGGAAUCUGCUCGUCAGCUUUUCAGCAUCAGCUGGAUGAGGUCACCAGCGCGUACAGCUAUCACACCGAAGACAAUGUCCACAGCGAGGGCUAUCCUGGAUUGAAGACGCUGUAUUGUGUGCAUCAGGUCACAUUUCGGGUGACGAACCCCGCUCACGCCAAGGUGGCGUGCAUUGGCCUCCCGCUUGGACAGGACUUUGCCACGGCUAACGACAACUUCUGCCUGGAGAGGUUCCACAGCAAGGACGCUUUGCCCAUAGGCUCCCAGCUCAACGUUUGGUCCUGGGCACCUCUUAGCGAGUUUAACAAGGUGUACGUGAAGCCGAGCUUCUCGGAAACUACGAAGACAGAGAAGAGUCCUGGUCGAGAAGAACCAGUUCCCAAGUGCGUUGAAGAUGAGCUGAUGAUGCGAAAGCGUGUUCCCAUUUCGGCCUCCAUGUCCAAACUCGCUUCAAUGGACAAUGUCGCUCACGCAGCUUCGGGCAAGGCCCCCAAGAAGACCGCUCCGAAUGCAAAGCUGCGGCGCGUUCUGUCGAGCAAGCGAACCGAUUGGCGCACAGUCAGGAAGAUUGCAAGCAAUUUGCUGGACAAGAACUACACACUGUCCCAGUUCAUGCAGGACCUUGCUGCAUUUCCUGAGCUUUCACUCUACUUGCGGGAUGGGGUGGUGGAAACGGGAUCAGGGCGAACGGCCGACGAUGAGUACCAGCGCACGAUAUGUGCCUUUUUCGCCAUCUACUGGCUGAUGCGCCUGGAUAUCGACGGUCGGCAGGGCUUCUGCUUUGGAACGGAUGAAACUUGGACGGCCCUGAAGGAGUCCGCCGUGAAGGACGGGCAGGUGGCCAUGGAGAGUGCAUUGCCCAACGGGCUGCAAAAGCGCGUUUACCAGCUUGAGCGGCGCCUGGCCUUCUUCAACAACGCCCAGUGGAGUUUCUUUCGUCGGCUUAUGGUUGAUGCGGGUCUCUUGGAAGCCUCGUUCCAGAACGGCAGGAACACCUUUCGUGUCAAGGAGACGAGGAUGGUUUCGCUGUUAGCUCUUACAGCCAUCCAUGACAUCAUGAAAAUCGAGAACUUGCUGCCGACGGUGCAACCCGAGCAUGAUGGAUACCACGGUUAUGCUGCCGGGGAUGUCAUCGGCGACCACGACCAUGCGCUGUGCUACGUGAUGGACCACUAUCCAGAUUUGCUGCCGUCGUUCAAAGAUUUGGACCCGGCAGAGCGUCAAUCAGUGCAGUUCACACAGUGCAACCUUUGCUUUAAUCACGGCUGGCUCGUGCAGGCGGAGGCUCCAGCCGGUGCGAUAUUCUCCAAGUUUCGCGAGGCGGUGGCACGAGACCGCAGGGUGCAUGGUGGGGCAAGAGACAUCGCCCUCUACUUCGUGCAUUGGUUGACUGACUUGGCUGGUGCGGAACCGACGCCCCUGGGCGGCUGUGAGAAGUUUGUCAUCAAGUUCCCACUCCAUGUGCUAAACAGCUUCCUCCAGUCUUUCAAGUUCAUAGAGGGCAUCAGCGUGCGAACGGAGACUCAGGUCAUGGAGAAAUACCUAAAGUACCGCUGGUCGGACCACGUGCCGACGCUUGGAGAACCGCCCAAAGGCCCCCAUGCAAUUGCAGCCAUGAGGCUCCUGUGCAUGGCCCAGGCCAACGGGCGAACGAUUGUGGAUGCGUUCAAUCAAGAGCUUUCUUCGGAGGACAAGGAGGUUCUGAGUGUCGAGAUGUCCCGGACCGGCUGCGCAGGCCAGUUCUUCAGCCCUGAGCUGACACCCUCGGAGGUCAUCUCGAAGGCAGCCGGACCAGCCUUCCUGGUGUACUACGGCCCAGCCUUUCUGCAAGCUUUAGGCUCCGACUCUGCGGUCCUCCGCCUCCGAGUUCUGAGCGAGAUCUACCGCUGCGCUCGCGAGAUCUGGCCCGAGUCGGAAGCCUCGGUGGCAGUGUCCGUGCAUGUCCGCAUUGACACCAUCAAGGGCUUGGCCAUACGGGACAUCCAAGAUGUUCUGACAAGAGGUGACCUCUGGCUAGUUACCAAGCACAACGAAAGUGAGGCCUUCGUGGAGCGAGCCUCCCAUGGAAAGCUGAACAGGCUUGUGCGGAGUUGCCAGAAGUUUCAGGUUCUAGACUUGGGUUUUCUGCGCGAAAGUCGCAAUAUCUGA